GGAUCCCCAACCCUCGGGAGAUCGCGCUUUGUGUCUCUUUUCUAUUUUACAAAGCGGCGCUCCUUGCAGCCCUCGCGAAAGGUUCUGCCGUGGGGUCUCCCAGCGCAGGGCCCUUCCCCAGUUCCCUAAAGAGGAGGCUCGUUUGGUGGACCAACCCCCAGCAACGCGGGCCCAGUCCUGGCCUUUCUGCUCGUCUUCUGAGGGCCCUGCCCGCCGCCUUGGGUCCAGCCGUCGUCCAGGGGGCGGCGGUGCAGGGGAGACCGCGCGGCCUGGCCUGAGGCGCGGCCGCCCCCAUCCCUUCCCCGGACCUGGGGUGGGUCCCCGGCCCACAAGCUCAGGAGGAGCCGCAUCCCUGUCCCCUACGCGCUCACAAACGCCGCGGUCGCCCGAACCUUCGGCCCCGCCGCGUUCGGCUGCAGGACCGAGACACUACGGGGCCCCGGCUCUGCGCGCUGCGCUCCGGCCGCUCGGGGAGGGAGGACGCGCGGCCGCGCCUGCCUCGGUGGCCGCGCGGGGUGGGAGCAUUUCAGAGCGCCAAGCCAUGGUGGCCAAACAGCGGAUCCGGAUGGCUAACGAGAAGCACAGCAAAAACAUCACCCAGAGGGGGAACGUAGCCAAAACCCUGAGGCCGCAAGAGGAGAAAUAUCCUGUGGGACCAUGGCUGUUGGCACUGUUUGUUUUUGUUGUCUGUGGCUCAGAAAAGGUGUGUUUUCCAGAGGUUCCUGAUGUGCAGCCAUCCUGGGACUUGCUCCCAGAUGGAGACAGACUUGACCCAGCCACAGACUGCUUCUUGGUUGGGCCACCAGUGCCCCCACUCACUCCCCUGGACACUUGCUCCAGAACAGACUUGAAUUCACCAUAUUUGCAGGUCAACCACAUAAACUGGCCUUUCCUGGAGAUUGCCAGAACUUUCUCAAAACUGUGACAUCCAGAGGGAGUCACCCCCCAAGACCAGCAAGUGGAAUGUUUGUGGAACUGGCCAGACCUGGAGGAAAGACUAAGGCCAUUCAUCUGCCCUGGAGUUCCAUCCUCGGGAUCUGAGAUGCACAGCCUGGAGAAGACAUGUCAUCAGAUCAUCACUCCCUCAAGGUGACCUAUGGCAUCCCUUGUGCCCUGGGGGCAUUUGGGAUUGUGUAGAGGUUCUCUCAAAGCAAGUUUCUGAUAGAACGCUUUACAUUCUUUGCUAAUAACAUCUGGGUUUUAACAGCGCCUUGUUGCCCUCGCCUGUCUUGGGCAUCUCUCUUUUUUCCCUCUUCUCCAUCUCUAGAGAAGCCACCAGAAAAUGGUAUCGUACUUUUGACUCCCUUUGUGCUGAUUCUUUUAGAGAAUUUAAUGAUCUGCCUUGCAAUGUCUUGUCUCCUGACAUUUCAGCGUGUUUCUCAGAGGGCCCCCACUUCGCUUUCUAUCAGCUCUUUGAUCAUUUUCGUUUUCUUUAAUGAAAAAUAAUCAAAAUUAUAUGAUUUCUAGGUUGUCUUCUUCUCCUAAAGGAUAUCUUCCUUCUGGUCUCUCUUAAUCUCUCUUCUCAGCAACUCCUUUUAUCUCUUUUAUCAUCAAUUUAUUGUCAAUAAAAGUGGCUUUAGGAAGCCUCCUGUUGGCUG